AUGACCAGGAUAUCGGUCCUCUUUACCCUAUUCAGUCUGCUCUGUCUUGGCGUCAGCAGCAGUGCAUUGGACGCUGGCAACAACAAUGACAUUUUCGCCGAAUUGGAUCCAAGCUCUUACUUUCGAGGCACCCCCAAGAAUGUUUUAUUUGGCGUAACAGCUGGUGGCUCAUCACAUCAUAGUUGGGUGAUGCGUGUCUUGGAUGAACUAGUUCGCCGAGGACAUAAUGUUACCUAUGCAACCACGGAUGACAGUUUACGAUUUAGCCGGCAACGAAAGCAUAUCAAGGCAGUGUCAGUGGGACCGCCUCAGAUGGAUGAUCCUCGUUUAAGCCUGAGUGAUAUGGGAUUUCCAAUGCCCUUCAGUGUACUUACAACGGUGUUUGAUAUUAUGGGCGAACAUUACCCAACAAACUAUCACGCAUUCGUGGACAUUAUCGAAAAGGAAUCCAUUGAUGCAGUGAUUUGUGAUCACGUGUCCUAUCCAUGCUUUGAUGCUGCCAAAAAGACCAAUCGACCUUUUCUAGUUUCCAUGAUGGUAAAUGAAGCACCAGAGACCGAUUUGCCCUAUAUCAACAGGAAUCCAUUUGCCAUGGAGGAUGGUAACACGCAGGAUAUGACAUACAGCCAUCGUUUUUACGAUGCGUUCAUUUACCCGGUGAAAGCAUUGUGGCAUUUGGGACCGGCUCUAUGGCGAUUCAAGCAAAAGGUGGAAGCAUUGGAUAUACCUGUUUUCGAGAGUCGAUGGGAAAAUGCAGUCAAGUUGGUCAACAAUUUGUAUGGCAUGGAUGAUCCAAGACCCAUGGGACCUUUGGUGGAGCUUGUAGGCCCUAUCUAUAACGACCAUUUUGAUUCAUUGACGCCCGAGUUUGCCUCUUUCCUUGACACUCACAAGCGUGUGGUGUACGUCGCCUUUGGUCAGCAUUCUCAAUCCAAGGAUCAUCAAGAAUCAACACGUGUCUUACAAAUGCUACUCAACAACUACGAAGCGGGUGUAUUGGAUGGCUUUAUUUGGUCAGCAACCAAAGGAACACCCUUACCGGAUCAUGUGACCACUUCCUCAGACACCCAUUAUCAACUUGAUAGCCCCGAGUUUGCAAAGAUUGGCAAGAUUGUACCAUGGGCACCCCAAACUGGUAUUUUGCGACAUCCUUCGGUGGUGGCAUUCGUUAGCCAUAGUGGACUCAUGUCCUUAUUCGAAGCCUUAUACCAAGGCAAACGUAUCCUUGCGUAUCCGUUGUUGACUGAUCAAUUUGCCAAUGCCAAAGGACUCGAACGUGCAGGUGUUGCCUUGCAGGUGCCACUUUCUGAAAGGCUGGAUGUGGAUCGAAUGACGGAGCUAUUGGGUCGUGUCGUGGAAGACAAGGAUGGUUCGAUACAACAAGCUGUCAACCGAUACCAGGCAUUGUUUCAAAUCCAUGGUCGUGGUGGUGUGGAUCGAGCAGCAGAUAUUGUGGAAGAGGUGCUUUACACUGCGGAUAGUCAGGGCCGUUUACCUCAUCGACAUGAUAUUGCACGCAACUUGUCCUUUUUGAAACGCAACAACUAUGAUCUCUUUCUUGGUUUAUUCACCCUCUUUGCAUUGAUAGCUGUAUUGCUACGACAAAUCAUCAAAUUACUAUCAUCAUCCUCAUCAAAGCAAAACAAGUUGAAAUUACAGUAA